CUAGCGGAAAUAAUGACGUCAGGAACUCGAGGCGCAGGCGAACGAAAGGCAAAUGCCAACGGAGUGAUACAUCGAAGGAAGUGAUAGGUGAUAGUGGUGAUACCAUACUCGUCGUCGUCGGGCUCGUUGGGCCGUGUUUCGUGUCUCAACGUUCCCAAGUUUGAUGCGGCCAACUUCACGCGAUCACGUAUCGUUGCGUCGCGUUUACGAGUUUCCCGUCGCCGUUGACAGCGAUUGAAGCAUCAUCGGCGUUCGCUUUUUUCCUUCUCGUGAUCUCUUUUGAUGCAGAGUAAACAUUAAUUACAAUAAAUAUGUCUGAUCACUUUGGACCAAUCACCCUGAAAUGGGAUCCCAAAAACUUGGAGAUACGGACCAUGUCUGUGGAGAAGACAUUGGAGCCGCUGGUACUCCAAGUUACCACAUUAGUGAACACAAAGGGUCCUAGCAAGAAGAAGAAAGGAAAGUCAAAGAGAGCCAGCGCACUUGUUGGAACCGUUGAAAAGGCAACCACCAAUUUUAUCGAGAAGGGUGAGAAGAUUGCCUAUGAAAAUCCAGAUAUCACAGCGGAAAUGCUGAGCGCUGUUGAAGAAGUGAGAAAAACAGGAGCAGCAAUGAGCAUUGCUGCUAGAGAAUUUUCCGAGGAUCCAUGCUCGUCUUUGAAACGAGGCAAUAUGGUGCGAGCCGCGAGGAACUUGUUGUCGGCAGUGACGCGUUUGCUCAUUUUAGCGGACAUGGUAGAUGUCCACUUACUUUUGAAAUCUCUGUACGUUGUGGAGGACGAUCUAAAGAAAUUGGAGAACGCCUCCUCGCAGGGAGAACUGAUUCAGAAUAUCAAGGAAUUUGGUAGAAACGCCGCCGAAUUGAUUCACCAGGCAGCGAAGCGUCAGCACGAAUUAAAAGAUCCGCAGCUCAGAGACGAUUUGGCGGCCGCCCGAGCCGUCCUGAAGAAGCACUCCACCAUGUUGCUUACCGCGUCAAAGGUGUUCGUGCAGCAUCCCGACCUAGCGGCAGCCAAAGCGAAUCGCGAUUACGUAUUGAAGCAAGUGUGCGAGGCCGUGAACACGAUAAACGACGUUGCUCAAGGAAAAACGCCAUCCGACAACCAACAUCCUUACGACGGUCCCGGCGAGCUGGCCGCCGCGCUGGACGAUUUCGACGAGAGGAUGGUGAUGUCCCCGCUCGCUUACAACGAGGUUCGCACGCGGCCGAGCCUUGAGGAGAGAUUGGAGAGUAUUAUCAGUGGCGCGGCAUUAAUGGCGGAUUCAUCAUGCACUCGGGAUGAACGUAGAGAACGCAUUGUCGCCGAGUGUAACGCAGUCAGACAGGCGCUUCAGGAUCUUCUGAGUGAAUACAUGAAUAACUUACAGCGCGCUCGGGGUGGGAGACGGAUGGGUGUUAAGGAACAAUCUGAGGGCUUGGAGAGAGCGAUAGAUCACAUGUGCAGGAAGACCCGUGAUCUUCGCAGACAAUUACGCAAAGCCGUAGUGGAUCACGUAUCGGAUAGUUUCUUGGAAACAAGCGCACCAUUACAGGCUUUGUAUGAAGCUGCGGAAAAAGGUUGGGUCAAGGAGGUAGAAGAGUACGCGCUCAUUUUCACGGAGCACGCAAAUAAACUGGUGGAGGUGGCUAAUUUGGUAUGCAGUAUGUCCAACAAUGAGGAUGGCGUAAAGAUGGUUCGUUAUGCUGCGGCACAGAUCGAGAACUUGUGCCCGCAGGUGAUUAAUGCGGCGCGCGUGUGGGCUGCACGAAACACAGACGUCGCAAAGGACAACAUGAAAGUAUUCCGUCAAGCUUGGGAGAAUCAGAUGCGCGUCUUGACAGAAGCCGUAGAUGACAUUACUACGAUCGACGAUUUCUUGGCGGUUUCCGAGAAUCAUAUUCUGGAUGAUGUUAACAAAUGCGUUCUGGCAUUGCAAGUACGUCCCGGUGAUGCCGAUACUCUUGACAGACACGCGGGCGCAAUACUCGGCCGUUCCGCUAGGGUGUGCAACGUCGUGCAAGCCGAGAUGGACAACUACGAGCCAUGCAUUUAUACUAAGCGAGUUCUCGAAGCGGUAAAGGUUCUCAGGAAGCAAGUGAUGCCCAACUUUGAGCAACGAGUGGAAGAAGCUGUAAACGCGCUGCGUAGUAAUCCGGCACAGGAAGUGGACGAAAACGAUUUCAUUGAUGCAUCCAGGCUGGUGUACGAUGGAGUUCGCGAGAUCAGACGAGCUGUGCUUAUGAAUAGAGCGGACGAAGACUUGGAUCCUGAGGAUGUGGAAUUGGACGAACAUUACACAUUGGAAACACGUAGUAAGUCUAGUGCUCAGACUGGAGAACAUGGGGUAGACGAAUAUCCGGAGAUCAGUGGUAUCACGACUGCUCGCGAGGCGAUGAGAAAAAUGCCGGAGGAAGACAAGCAGAAAAUUCUGCAGCAGGUCGAGUACUUCAGAAGCGAGAAGCUCAAGUUUGACAAAGAGGUGGCGAAAUGGGAUGACGCCGGCAAUGACAUCAUCGUUCUCGCUAAGCAUAUGUGCAUGAUCAUGAUGGAGAUGACUGACUUUACUCGCGGUCGAGGCCCGCUAAAGACGACUAUGGAUGUCAUAAACGCGGCAAAGAAGAUUUCCGAAGCUGGCACGAAAUUGGACAAGUUGACCAGACAAAUUGCUGAUCAGUGCCCAGAGAGCUCUACCAAAAAGGAUCUCCUCGCAUACUUGCAACGCAUAGCGCUCUAUUGCCAUCAGAUGAAUAUUACGAGUAAAGUGAAGGCGGAUGUGCAGAAUAUCAGCGGCGAGCUGAUUGUUUCUGGCCUAGACAGCGCAACUUCCCUUAUACAAGCUGCCAAAAACUUGAUGAACGCCGUCGUGCUUACUGUCAAAGCUUCCUACGUUGCAUCAACGAAGUAUCCACGACAAUCUACGGUAACGUAUUCUCCUAUCGUCAUAUGGAAGAUGAAAGCUCCGGAGAAGAAACCGUUAGUGCGUCCCGAGAGACCCGAGGAAGUAAGAGCAAAAGUACGUAAAGGUUCGCAGAAGAAAGUGCAGAAUCCUAUACAUGCACUCUCAGAAUUUCAGAGCCCCACUGAGAGUGUUUAAGCUCUCUAGAUGUAAGUAAACGGUAACAGGAAUAACAUACUGUUGUGUCUCUGUGUUCUGUUGCAUUUGUAAUUUGCUUCGCCCAAUCUUUGCGGAGCGAUUACCAUGAAGAAAAAAAGCCAAUUUUAAAACCAACAGGAAAAUAAAGAGUCUGAGUAGGUUUUUAAUUUAGAUAUGGUCUUUUUUCGUAUCGACUGUAUUCGUAUUGAUUGGACGCAGCAGAUUAUAAAUUCACUAACAGUGUACAGGGACUUAAUGCUCCAAGACGUAUUAUUAUACAGCAUCACCUUUUAACAAUUGUAAGGCCAAGAUAUUUUAUUUUCGAUGAUGUUUAAUAUGCGAAGAAUAUAUUAAUCAUUAUAAGGUGACAUGUAGUUCUGUAGCUGGAAGUGGUCGUCAGGUCCCCGGGAGUUUCGAGUAUUCUCGAUCCUCAUCCUAUAAUAUGUCUCGGUUUUACACGAGAUUGAUUAAAGAGUUGAAUAUUAUGAGUAAAGGAAUAUGAAGUGAAUAGUAAUGUUUUGGGAAUCUAUAUUUCAUUUACAUUUACCUAUUAAUCAUUAUAUAGUAUGCUAUGCACGAGUAUUUAAGUAUGUUAGUUAUUAGUUUUUAAUUGCGAGAACAAUAAUCGUAAUAUACAAACGAGUACACAUAAUCCCGAAGAAUAACCAAUGGAACUUUGGAGAAGAUUUCAGAGGAAGAUUACGAAUUAAAAAAAAAGGCUGAUAUACAGUAUCUCCAAUCGUACAGGGGCACAAUUAAGGAUAAUGACUUCAUGUCAUCAAUUUGUAUAUUUGUUUGCAAACUCAUGCUGCACGAUCAUCUUUAUAUUCGACACUUUUUUUACAUAGAAUCCCUAUAUCAUUUAAAUUUUUCUAGCUGUAAGAGUGAUACGUGUAUCUUGCUCAAGCAGCAGAAGUUGUGGUACUUUUGUCUACUAAUUUUUUUCAAGGACAAGACAUUUUUUAUGAUAAUUUUUUAAAUAUUAUUUUAUAUUGUGCAUAUUGUGCAUAUUAGUCAUUUUUUAUUGUGUAUAUUAUAUAUAUAUAUAUAUAUAUCUAUUAUUAAGAUUUAUUAUUAAUAUCUAAUUGGACAAUAUGUUACGAUAGAUUGGAAUCUGUUUUUGUAAUAUAAAUUUUUCUUUUCAUGAAAAAGUUUAUUAUAUCUUUUCGUAAUUCUCAUACGAAGCUCAUAGAGUCGAUGAAACUUAAUCAUGGAUUGACACAGUAUUGUAUCGAAAUAAAGAGACUGCAGAUUAAACUAUUUAAUAUAUUAACUUGUAUAUAAAUAAAUAUGUCCAUAUUAUUUUUAAUUUUUGUAUAAUGGACAAUUGAUUGAGAAAAGGAGUAUGCGAAAGAAGGAAAUUUUAAUUCCCAUUUAGCCCAUAUCGCAACGAUAAUAAACUUUUACUAACGAUUUUACUGUAAUAAUCGAGUAUAUCAGGAUCGAUGUUAUAUAUUAAAUAUAUAUAAAUAUUGUAUUUCAUGUAACAUUUGCAAUACCAGUAAGAAUUCAAUUAUUGAAAGGCCAAAAGAAACCUAGAGCACUGCUCUAUCUACAUUAAGUAAUUCUAUAUAAGUAUAUAGAUAUAUAAUAUAUCUAUUUCUAUUUAUAAAUACGGAACGUUUUUCGUAUUUUGUAAUAUAUAAAGUUCUCAAAUAAGGUAUCAAGUAUUAUGAUUAUACAUUCAAGUGGUUCCCUAUCUUCUAUAAAUAGAAUUAAUAAAGAAAUAACAUUGUAGGUAUAAGAAUUAUACGUCGAAGAUACGAUUUAUUCGAUGUAAUUAAUUCUUUUGAUUCUUUUAUUUCUUUUUAUAUAUAGGUACUGAUAAUUUUAUUUCGUUUAGUUCUCUAGGACAAUUAUGCGCCAAUAUCAUUCUCUGAUUCGUAAUGUCUUGCAGAAAAUGCAAUAAUAUAAGUUUAACUCUAUGCUGAUGUCAUCAUUAUUCGUUACUUAUUUGUGCUAAAUAUACAAUAUAUGCUGUACUUCCGAUUCGUUAAAAAACGUAUUAUUUCAGUAUUCUGAUAGAGACGAGUAUAUAUAUAUUCUUAUAUUAUUUUAGAUGCUUUAAAUCGAUUUCUAUCGAUUGCUACAGAUGCCAAUAUUAUGUAAUAAAUCGGCAUCGCCUUUUUUAUUAUUAUAUAAAUAUUAAUUAUACUGAAGUUACUUUUAAGAUUGAAACAUUGUAACCGAUAUGCUGCCAAAUACAAGGUGAUGCAUUUCUCAUA